AUGAGUGACAUUGCUUCAACUAUUAAAACCACUGAAUUGAAUGAAGAACAAGCUGCAAAAUUACAAACUUUAGUUGAAGAAAUUCCUAAUAUUCUUGCUAGUACUAAUAAUCCAGAAUAUGAUGAAAUAUUUGGUUAUCGUAUUAAUAAAACAAAUUUAGAAUAUGUUGAUGAAAAUAUUCGUAAUGAAAUAUUACUUAAAUUUUUAAUUGCUGAUAAAUAUGAUAUUGAAUUAACAAAAUCAAGAUUAAUUAAAACAUUUAAUUGGAGAAAUGAAUUUCAACCAUUAAAAGCAGGAUUUGAAGAAAUAUUUCCUGAUGAAUUAAAUUUAUUAGGUUCAAUUACAAAAUUUCCAAACUCUAAUACGAAUAAUAAUCUUCUUCUUCUUGGUAUAACUACUUGGAAUUUAUAUGGAAAUAUUAAAAAUCCUAAAAUUUUAUUUGAAAAAUUUGGUCAAGAAGAAGAUAAUCAAAAUAAAUUACCUGGUAAUUUAUUUUUAAGAUGGAGAAUUGGAUUAAUGGAACAAUCUUUACAAUUGAUUGAUUUACGAAUCCCC